AUGGGCUUCCGCAUACCUGGUAUUAGAAGAUCAUCUUUUGCCGAGUCCAAAGCAGCUUCCAAGGCUGUGGAGGUCCCCAAAGGCUAUCUAGCAGUCUAUGUUGGAGAGAAAAUGAAGCGGUUUUUGAUUCCUAUUUCAUACUUGAAUCAACCUUUAUUUCAAGAAUUGUUGAGCCAAGCUGAGGAAGAAUUCGGGUAUGACCAUCCAAUGGGUGGUCUCACAAUUCCUUGCAGGGAAGCUGCUUUCUUAGACCUCACUUCUCGUUUGAAUAGACUAUAA